GUAGCUUCUGUUACGUCAUGCAUAACAGCUGAUCUGCCCAGCUGGUAACGACGAGUAGUCUGCCGCAAAAAAGAUGAAUUUUCUUAAAAAGGUAACUCUGCAGGUGCUGCCUAAGGCGGAAGCCCAUCUCAGUCUUGGCAAUAAUUCAGCAAUACACACCAGCUCAGUUUGUUGUCGCGUGCAGUCUGGACGUUACCGCAUAACCGUAAAACGGGACAGGCCGCUCACCUACGAAAUGGCCAAUCCACCGCAUUUUAUUGGACACCGCAAGUCAUGGAAUUCUUGGAACACAUCCACUCUGAAGGAUGCCUUGCGUCCAUCACAAACAGCCAUUGAGGAUGUGUUCAUUCGUAAAUUUAUAACUGGCACAUGGCAUGCCCUUGUAUGUUCCGAAAUUAUUAUUAAGCGACAGCAUAAUACAAUACGUAUUGCUGCUAUAAUACGACAGGCGAUUGCCCAACGUAAGAUGUACUUCCUCAUUGGUUAUACGGAGGAGUUGCUGUCAUAUUGGAUGCAAUGUCCAGUCACGCUCGAGUUUCAGACGGUGGCCGAUAAGAAGGAUGUGGUCUUUAAAUACAUUUAGUUCAUAUGCCUUUUUAGUU